AUAGGUUUAUGGCUUUGGACAGCAAAUGCAGGAACAAACAGAUGAAGAUAGUCUGAUGUCCGAGGUGGAGCCAAAAGACAUUAUCAAAUUUGGCAUGAUCCCCGAGUUUUGUGGUCGCAUGCCUAUCCUAGUCCCGUUCCAUGGACUUUCAACAGAAAUGCUCGUGGAAAUCCUGACAAAGCCUAAGAAUGCUGUAGCAAAUCAGUUCAUAGCCCAAUUUAGGACGGAGAAAUGUCAGCUGGUUUUCACGCCUGAUGCAUUGCACACCAUUGCAGAAUCAGCCUUUCAAAAGAAAGUUGGAGCUCGGGGUCUCCGGUCGUUGUUGGAGAACCUGUUAGAAGAAGCAUUGUUUGAAGUGCCGAACUCAAACAUCAAGAAAGUAAUUAUCACAAAAGAAGUGGUCCAAGGACAUCAACCUCCAAAUUAUUUCACCUCCUGAUGAUUGGUGUAUUAAUACCAAUAUCAUGUUGUCUGUGAUAGUCUGGUUUUACUUGUACUUACAACUGCAACUUACUUCAAUAAAGUAAAAAAAAAUCCUAA